UGAAUACAAAAUCAACCAUGUUAAUGACUUCGUUGUCGGUGUUCUUCCCUGAAGAUCUCAUCACUGAGAUCAUUUCAUUACUUCCUGUUAAACCUCUUCUUCGAUUCAAGUGUGUAAGUAAUUCUUGGAACACUCUCAUUUCUGAUCCUUCUUUUGUGAAAUUCCAUCUCAAGAGAUCAACAACAUCACCAAAUCCACAAUUCACAUUAAUAACUAAUCAUCUCAAACCUUUACGGGGAGAUUAUAGUUUUGAAAGUGACUGGAGUAUGGUUCCGUAUCCUAUAAGUCGUUUACUAGAUAACCCGUUAGCUACUUUUGUCGUUGAUUCUUACUACCUUUUGGACAAUAAAGAAUCCUCUAUUGCUGGUUCAUGUAACGGAUUGAUCUGUCUAGUUGGUCAUAGUUUCACUAAUAUGUUUAAUGAGUAUCAAGAGUACUGGUUGCGAUUAUGGAACCCAGCCACUAGAAAAAUAUCUCAAAAAAUUGGGUAUUUUCGUGAGUUACAUAGUUUCGUCUUCAAUUUUGGUUGGGAUGAUUCUGCGGGCACGUUUAAAGUGGUUGCGUCACGUUACAUUCAUGAUGGGCAUACAAGUGAGGUGAGAGUUUUAACUAUUGGUGAUAAUGUCUGGAGAAAUAUUGGAAAUUUACCUGUUGUUCCCCUUGGUUUGGAGUUGCGUGGAAGACGUAUAGAUAAGGGGUAUGAAUAUGGUUGUGUUGUUUCAAAUACCUCUUUUAAUUGGUUAGCUAGUCACAAGAACAUGUCAUUCAAUUGGAGUUAUUAUGUAAAUGACAUGACUGUUGAGGACCUUGUUAUUGUUUCGCUUAAUCUAGGGACGGAGACAUAUAAUUGUUAUCAGUUACCUCCCGUAGAGCUGCCACCUGAAGAGCCAACAAUUGGUGUGUUGGAGGAAUGCCUUUGUUUGUGUUAUUCUUAUAAGGGAACUGAUAUCGUUAUAUGGCUAAUGAAGAAAUUUGGAGUUGAAGAUUCUUGGAUUCAAUUUCUUAAAAUUAGUUAUCAUAAUCUUCAAUUAGGCUAUCAUUUUUCAUUCUUGCCAUUGUUUCUCUCUAAGGAUGGUGAUACAUUGGUAUUGUGCAGUUCUCAUAAUGAAGAAGCAAUUCUUUAUAAUUUGAGAGAUAAUAAUAUGCAGCGAAUAGAAGUUAAAGUGCAUAAAACUAUUAUUGAUCAUGAAACUCACAACUCUCUAUGCUUAACCCUGGCCCAAGGAUAUGUUGAAAGCUUGAUUUCAAUUUGUUGAAAGUGAGCAGGAGUGAAGGAUGUUGAUGUUACCUUCUGUUAGUUCGAGUCGGCGUCAUUGCUCUGAUACAUAACACAAGGGGGAUGAACGCUAUUUAUUUUCUUUGUUGGAUUUAAUUUGAUUGUUGAAGCUUUUAUGAAUAAUGAUGUUGACAAAUGUUGAACUAAGUUGUUGGUUGGUUUUAAAUUGAUUUAUAAAUAUUUUCCGUUGCGUAAUAAAAGAUGUUUAAGAGAUUAUGUUGUUUUGAUUGGUUCAUCCGACUUAUUGUGAUAUGUAUCCGUUAUUAAUUGUGAGUAAUGUUUAUCUUAUGAA